UUAUUGAAGCUAAUGCCAUUACAAGAGUAGAAAAAAAUAAUAAUAAUAAAAAUGGCAUUUUUAAUCUCCACCUAACUGCCUUUUAUAAUAAAAACUCACAGAUACCUUCAUUUGUUGAUGAGUUGGUGGAAGGUGAAAUUUAUGAAAUAUCUGGGAAAGUCAAUUUAACCGAAUUUUCCAAAACAAAUGAAAUAAAGAAAACUAAAAUUUCAAUUCCAAAUUUACAUAUAAGUGCUUUAAAUAUCUACCUGACUGGCAUGAUGUCAAAAAUUAAAAAUAUAAAUGAAAUUGGUUAUAUUGAGAUAAGAGUCAAAGAAUGGAUAAAAGGUGCCGAGGAUAAAGAAUACCAAAUUAAUUGCAGAUAUUUAAACAUUGAUCAAAGAUUGUCUAAUAAAACAAAUAAUUUGAAUGAAAAUUCACAUUUACUUGUUUGUGGUGAAUUAUAUAUUGAUCUUGAUGGCCAAUUUAUUAUUGACAUCUUGGAUAUUAAUUAUUUACCAGGUUAUCAACAAAAAACGCCU